CAAGCAUUUUCGCUGGUGUGAACGAAGCGUACUAUUUAACAUAAAGAUUCUUCAUCAUUUAAAGAACUAUUAGCUUGAAAGCGGCAUGAGUGGUACGUAUAAAAAUCCUUAUUUAAUUUAUAAAAGUACACACAUUUACUAUUCGAGCGAAACGAAAUAAGUGUCGUUAUAAUAUUUAUAAAUCAUGCAACAGAAAGCUUUAAUACUGGUUAACGAGUGAACACCUUUUGGAAUUACAACCGGGCCUAACUAUUCAAGGCAUUCGAUUAUUUUAAGUUGUACCUACCACGUUACAAAUAUGCAUCAAUUAUUGCUUACAAGAAUCAUCGAAAAAGACGUAAAAUAUUCAAGAAUUUGAAAUGAGGAUGGGAUAAACAUAUUAGCCCGGAAGUUAGUUACUUUCGGUUUCUGCAAUCGAACGCCUCGACUGUUGAUGUAAGAUCAUACUGACUAGCCUGUUCACCUUCGAACUUGAAGAAAACAUGUCAUUGAAUACUAUGUAAAAGAACUGAUACACGGACUGAGAAGCAAGUAAAAUUCGUUCAGAGGGAUUUUGUUAUCAUCAAACAAGCGCGAAACUAUGAUCUUCCUCUCCGACGCCAAACGUAUGAGUAAAUGAACUAAACAAAGAAUUACAAGAGGAAGGAGUUUGGUCAGUUUAGAGAGCAUUAUUGCCAGACCAGUAGAGAAGCCUGGAAACCUUCUCUGUUAAUCAACAGAUUUUUCAAAAUAAAUGCUAUAAUACACAGUUUUUGGUCUCCAAAAAGAAAAUGCAUGCAUAUUUUUCGGCAUGAUGUAAUUAUUGACGCUAGUUUCUCUCGUAGAUGAUCUUGUAUCAUUUUUUCGAAUUAUCUAAGCAGCUACACCCGUCAUUUUCUCUGCAUCGAGGCGAGAUCCAGCUGUUUUACUCUCAGCAUACCUUCCAACCUUAAUAAAGCCACUUAUCAAUUAGGGUCAUAUAUGCUGUUCGUGUUUUCCAGUGAAGUUGUGAACAAGGAAAUAUUCGCUUUUCUUAAGCUCAUCUUUGCUCUUCAGCGUCCGAAGGUUUGUUGUUCUCUACAAGUUCAUCAUACAUAGCCGUGGUUGCUAUUGAUUUUGGGACCACCUACAGUGGUUUUGCUUUUGCUUUCAACCACAAGAUGGGAGAAGGAGGCAUCCAUAUGAACAGAGCCUGGGGUCAUGACCAAGGAACUGCUACUCUUAAAACACCUACCUCUCUGCUUCUUCAUCCUGAUGGUAGCUUUCAUUCAUUUGGAUACGAGGCGGAAGAAAAGUACGCCAACUUCUUUGAUGGUGAAGAUCGAGAUUAUCUUUAUUUCAAACAUUUCAAAAUGGCACUACACAAGUCAGAGGUACAGUUCAUUCAUUCGUCAUUUUUUUUUCUUCCUAUUUUUUUGCCAUGCCUGGAGCGAAACUUCCGUAGACGGACUGUCUAUCAUUAACUCUAAUCUUGAAAUCAACUCGAAACACCUAUAAAACUAAUUCACAACAAAUAGUCAUAGAAGGAAGUAAAAGGUUAAAUUACUGCUGAUUUUCUCGACAAACACCAUAAAAAUAAUCAAGGGAAUAAGCGGUUGUCGAAGAGGAGCCCGAGCGAUCAAAUCGGAGAAAAAAAAUUGAAAGCAAUGACUGAAAACAAUAGUACCUCAUUGCAAAAUGGUCAUAACAAACCAAGUUAACAAUACUCAUGAUUUCAAUAGAUCUGUAAUCUUUAGGCGACAUCUACAUCUGAGUUUGAUCAGUAAAAACAGAUCGCAAAAUUUGUUAAUUCAUAUUAAAUGAAAAUUGCAUGAAAAACUGAAGGUCUCUCAGGGUCCUCAAGACUAAACUAGAUAGUACGGGUUUUGUAUAAGUUCUCCACUUAGGAUAAUUCGCAUCAAAAGUAUUAGGCAUAAUUUUUAUAAAUUUAUCUUCUCCUAUUACAGACAUUAGACAGAAAUACAAAGCUGACGGCCCGAAAUGGAAAAAAUAUUGACGCUUUGGUUGUUUUUGCCCACUCGUUGAGGUAUCUCAAAGAUCGAGCUAUCGAAAUUAUUCGCGAGAGAACUGGAGACGAAAACUAUAAUGAAAAGGACAUUCGGUGGGUCAUAACAGUGCCUGCCAUUUGGAGACCCGCUGCCAAGCAAUUUAUGAGAGAAGCUGCAUGUAAGGUAAUUGUAGAGAAGUUACAUCUGUUUGUUUCACCCCCCCUCACAAUGAGUUAAGUACGAUGAGUUAAGAGGUGAAAAUGAAACAAGAAAAGGAAAAUACAGGACGAGCUAGAAUACAGGUUACUCUGAUGCUGUCAGUUAGUAAACAUGAAUGCGUUAUCACAAAUGUGAAAGUUUUGUUUUUUCUCCUUGGAGGUGUUCGCAAAAAUCGAGAAAUUUAAGUUUGAGAUUAAUCAGUGUUUUUUUAAUGAAACUUUUUUUGUCUUCAAUAACUGUUUCUUUUUUCUUCUACUUUGGAAGGCGGAGAUGGUAUCAAAUAAGAACCCUGAACAGCUGCUUAUCGCCUUGGAACCAGAAGCAGCCUCUAUACACUGCAGAGAAAUGAAGAUGAGAGAAUUCGCCAAUGAGAAAGGGGAUGCCACUGCAUCUGACGUCUUUGCUCGACCUGGGUCAAAAUAUCUUGUUAUUGAUAUCGGAGGCAAGAUUGAACUUUCAGAAAAAUGGACCGUUUUGACGAUGUCACACUAUAAAAUAUCAAAACCUUUUCUUAUUUUUAAUGGGGAAACAGUAGUGUCUCCGCUAAAUCAUUUAAAAAAACUUCCAUUUGUUUGUAAAGACCCAAGGUAAUUUUUCGCAAUAUGUGGCAAACUUGUGAUGGUAAUUGAACUGAGUGGAGUGGUAGGACAUCGUCGUAACUCAUUUGAUACUGACCAAAGCGAAUAGGCUCAUAGCUUGUGGUGAUAACCUUCUUUCUCAAACGGAGUCAAACGAAAACGACGCUGAAAUUUUUAAUAAAUUUGAAAAAUUCGUCGGCUAAGAACGGAUCAUUUUAUAGUCAAUAAUGUAAAAGGCUGUUGAAUUCCCAGGUAGGCGAUAAUGUUAAUGACACAAGGUCUUAUCUAUCAAAAAUAGAAGGAAGCAAACAGCCAUGGACAGCUGUUUUAGCUUUAAUGGGCUCCAUCAGCAUCAAGCAUUAUCAGCCCAAAUAUACUAAAUGUGAUCGAUCGAGCUCGUAAUGCGUUUUAUGUUUGACUCAUGCAAUAUGAAUGUAGGGGCUGAAGCUGCUAAUUAACUGGUGUUAUAUCUGUUAAUCUUUGAUAAAGGCGGGACUCUUGACGUUACAGCUCAUGAAAUCUUAAUGAAUGGAAACAUUAAAGAAAUCCAUCAGGUGACCGGAGGACCUUAUGGUGGAACUAAAGUUGACGAGGAGUUCGUUUCCCUACUUGAGAGGUUUUUUGGAACUUAUCAAGUGAAAAACUUCCGUGAAAACCACCCAGCAGAAUGGCUUGAGAUGAUGAAUGAAUUUGAGAUGAAGAAGCGAGGGCGCCGAGCUUACGAGGGUGAAACAACCAGAAUUCGCCUUCCUCGUACUUUUACAGCACUGGUUUCAGAGCAAGGUGGGCCUGAUCUGGUGAGACGAUUUGCAAGUUCCUGUACAACUGACGAUGUCCAAUUCGUCAGAAAUGAGUACUUCUGUAUAGGACCAGCGACCAUGAAAAAAUUGUUUGAACCGGUUCUGAAAGGAAUAGUGGAGCACCUGGGCAAUCUUCUUAAGCAUCGUGAGCUCCGUGGGCUGCAAUUUUUCUUCCUUGUUGGAGGUUUCGCCGAGUCAGCGAUACUUCAGGAUGCAAUAAAGAAAAACUUUCAGCGAAGGUAAGGUAAAGUUAACGUAAACGUGUGAACGGCUUGAAGUUUUGGACAGGAGAAUCUUAACCUAGGUCGCAUUAUCAGAACCAAACGCACCGAGAUGUGUUUCGACGUUCGAAGUUUUUCGGCGCGAAGGGUCGUGGUCAAAGUACGUAGUUGCAAGCUAUCCUAAAAUUCAUCAAAUCGAAAGGGUACUUUUGUAACCAAAAGAGAUAAGUGGCGUGGUUAAAUUGGAAUUGACCUCUCAUGUAAACAUGACAUGUAAAAUGACUGUCAUCUUUGAUAUUUUUUCUCUAAUCACAGAUGCAGAAUUUUAGUUCCAAGCAACGCUGGCAUUGCAGUUGUUCAAGGUGCAGUUAUGUUUGGCCAAACACCUGACAUUGUCGACUCCAGAAUAAUGUCUACGACUUACGGCUUCGAUACAUACCAGCCGUUUGAUCCCAGUCUUCACCCAAUUGACAAGCAGCACUUUGUUGACGGCGUAGCCUACUGUAAAGAUUGCUUUGUGGUUCUUGUUAGAGAGAACGACGUUGUGAGGAUAGGUGAAAAGAAAGUCUUCGCUGAUUACAGCCCAUUGAAAGGAAGUCAAACAGCAGUUAGUUUCAGUUUUUUCACCUCGACCAAUCCUGACGCCAAAUACUUAACAGACGCUUCAGUUAGCAAAUCCAUUGGGGAGGUUGUCGUAAAAUCACCUGACGUUACAAAAGGAACCAACCGAAUGAUUGACUUGGCGAUAGAGUUUGGCGGAACUGAGAUUAAGGCCACUGCAAUAGACAAGAGCAGUGGGAACACUGCCACGGUAUAUCUUGACUUCCUGUGCAAUAGGGAUUAAAAAUCACCGAAAAUCACUUGCGAAGAAAUGAAGUCCACAAGUAAAUGUGUGUGAUAAACCUGUCUGUGUUUCAAGGAAAAUAUCUUCGUAUGUUAUCACUGGAUUAAGAAGAACUGAUUUAUCCCUAAAAUUUUGUAAACCUCUACUUUAGUCUCCGUGUGUAUGGAGUCCAUCAUGAACAACUCCAGUAUCGAAGCUAAACCUGACAUUAUGAAACAUCUUUGAACUUCGUUAUAUAACUGAAAUACUAGACUGGUACAAUUCUUCUAUUACAUAGGACCGGAAAAGUGUCAAGAUGUCCACUAAUAACAAAUUUUUGAUUUCAUAGAAAGUCCAGUUUUGACGCUUUCUUGUAACAAAGUGUAAUAUUAAACAAUUGUAAGUUGCAUUUCUUUUGCAUUUCUUUUACCUCAACAGUCAGAACGGGAAAUCCUUUUUGAAAGCCGUUUUGUCCUAAAACUCCCAAUAGGAAAGCUAUUUAUACUUCCUCUUGGUACUCUUUGUUCUCCUAUUUCUUGCGAGCAUUAACCAAAUUAU